AUGAGGCUGGAGGAAUGCGUGGACGUCACAGCCGAGGUGCAUGGCGAUAUCGUCGAAUUCGAUGGCCCUGACGACGCAGGAAAUCCGCUGAAUUGGUCCAUCAAGAAGAAGCUCUCAAUCGCGCUCGUUCUUGCGUUUUGCACAUUCACAGUGGGCUUCAACUCAUCGUUGUUCUCGUCCGGCGUGUCUCAAGUCUCUCGUGAGUUCCACGUCUCGCAUGAGGUUGGCACUCUGGGAGUCUCGCUGUACGUGAUGGGCUUCGCCACGGGGCCAAUUGCAUGGGCGCCCUUGUCCGAGCUCAAAGGGAGACGGAUGCCGAUUGUGAUUGGCAUGUUCGGAUUUGCGGUUUUCUCUCUUGGAGUUGCUUCUGGCAAGGACAUCCAGACCGUGCUGAUCUGUCGGUUCUGGAGUGGGAUCUUCGGUGCGUCGGCCAUGACGCUCACCGCCGCGGUCCUCGCGGAUAUCUUUGACGGGCUGGCGCGCGGUCCUGCGACGACGGCCUUCUCUAUCAAUACCCUCAUGGGGCCCAUGCUGGCUCCGUCGGUGGGUGGCUUCAUCUGCGAAUCGUAUCUUGGUUGGCGCUGGACGGCAUGGCUCGGCGCCUUGAUGGGGUUUGCCGGGCUCAUCCUAGGCAUUGUUCUCCUCGAGGAAACGUUUGCACCCACGCUUCUGGCGCAAAGGGCCCACCGGCUGCGUCUGGAAACUGGGAACUGGUCUCUGCAUGCAAAGCACGAGAUGCUAGUGAUUGACACGCGUGCUCUCGUCUCCAAGUACCUGAGCCGGCCACUGAUCCUCCUUUUCACCGAGCCACUGGUGUUUCUGAUCUCGGUGUAUCUCGCCUUUGUAUACGGUCUCAUGUAUCUGUUCCUGACAGCAUAUCCGCUCUGCUUCCAGUCGAUCCAUGGCUUCAGCGCGGGAAUCGCGGGUCUGGCAUAUUUUGGAAUUGCCGGCGGGCUGGUGAUUGGAGCUGUUUUUGUUCUUUGCACGCAAUCCUCGUACUACGCAAAGCUGAAAGCCAACCACGGCGUUAUCCUCCCUGAAUGGCGUCUUCCGCCGGCAAUGGUUGGCAGUGUGGCCUUUGCCGGGGGUGUACUAUGGUUUGGAUGGUCGGGGUAUCGCGCGGACAUCCCUUGGAUUGUUCCUGUGCUCUCUGGUCUGCUUACUGGGUUUGGGCUGUUGACGAUAUUCCAGCAGCUAUUGAAUUUCUUGAUCGAUACCUAUCUACCCUAUGCUGCCUCAGUGAACGCAGGGAGUUCCAUCAUCCGGUCUCUCUGUGGCGCGGGCUUCCCUCUUUUCGCCGAGUCACUCUUCAAGUCGCUGGGGAUCAAUUGGGCCAGCACGCUGUUGGGCGGCAUUGCUGUGUUGUGCAUUCCCAUUCCUUGGGCGUUUUAUAGAUGGGGCCCGAAUCUCCGGGCAAGAAGCAAAUACAGUGUAACGCAGUCUGUGCGAAUGGCUGACGGAGGAGACUAA